GCAACGUUUAUUUAUCAACAGUGUGAGUGCGGGUGUUUCGUUCGUUCGCGGCGUGAGAAAAUCGUGAAUUUUAUUUCAAUUUCUCCACUUUAUUAAUCUGCAAACGCUCAAAAUGUCCUCGAUUCUGAACAGUGUAUCGCGAAGUGUUUUGCCGCGAGUGCGAUGUGCCGUUCUACAGUGGCGUCUGGCGAGUAGCGCAGCACCACACUCAUCACCGAGCAGCAGCAGCAGCAGUGAUGAAAAGCCGGCCGAAUUCUACGACAUAAUCAUCGCCGGUGGAGGAAUGGUGGGAACGACACUGGCCUGUUCCUUGGGUAAGAAUCCGCGUUUGGCCGAUCGUCGGAUCCUGUUGCUAGAGGCGGCCGCCGGGUUUAAGCCGCCUUCCACAGACUCCUACAGCAAUCGGGUGUCGGCCAUCAGCAAGGGAACGCACCGGCUGAUGAGGGCGAUUGGAGCGUGGGAGCAGAUUGAGGCCACCCGGGUGAAACCGGUGCUGAAGAUGCAAGUGUGGGAUGCCUGUUCGGAUGCGAUGAUUACGUUCAAUUACGACGACUUGGCGGAUAACAUUUCAUGGAUCGUGGAGAACGAUGUCCUGCUGGCGAGUGUUUAUAGGCAGUUGGAAGGGGUUCGGAAUGUGGACAUUAGGUACGGGUCGAGGAUGGAGGGGUGUGAGUUGAUUCGGGACGGAGCGGAGAUGAGCGCGGUGCGGCUGAGCAGCGGAGAGCGGCUGCAGUGUGAGCUGUUGGUCGGUGCCGAUGGAUACAACUCCCUCGUCCGGCGAACGAUGGGCGUGGAUAACUUCACCCUGGCCUACGACCAGAUGGGAGUCGUGGCAACCCUAAAGCUUGCUGGCCCAUCUACCAACAAUGUCACAGCAUGGCAACGAUUCCUUCCGACAGGACCUGUUGCUCUGCUACCCCUGAACGACGAGAUGAGCUCCCUGGUGUGGUCCACCAGCGUUUCGGAGGCGAAACGCUUGCUGCACCUGGAUGAUCACGCUUUUGUGGCGGCACUUAAUGAAGCCUUGACCAAAACUUAUCCACGGAACAACAUCAUCGAGGAUGUCCUGAAGAACGUCAACUCGUUGAUUUCGUCGUCCACGGGACAACGUCUGGAACCACCGCCGCUGGUGGAAGCCGUGGUCGAGAAAUCCCGCGCGGCAUUCCCUCUGGGAUUGGGUCACACCAGCACCUACGUCGGACAUGGCGUUUGCUUGAUCGGUGACGCCGCCCAUCGCGUACACCCUCUGGCCGGUCAGGGUGUCAACCUGGGCUUCGGAGACGUCCAGUGCCUAACGGAUGUCCUGGCAGAGUCCAACUACAGCGGGCUGGGCCUGAACAACAUCGCACAGCUGGUCAAGUACGAACAGGAACGCCUUCGGCACAACGUUCCGGUCAUCCUGACAACGCACGGCCUGCAGAGGUUGUAUACCACGGAUUUCCCACCGAUCGUGGGCCUUCGAAGCAUCGGGCUAACGAUCACCAAUUCGCUCCCGCCGGUGAAGAAAUUCUUGAUGAAUUAUGCCAUGUCUUAAUCCCGCGAGAUGUCGUUCCGCGGGCGCGCGCUUGUGACAGAGUUCACCACCGCGCCGCCAUCCCAUCAGCGUUGUCAGCCGUCACCGCAGAACCGAAAAAGAGUAAGGUAGGUGGCUAAAUGAGUAACGGAGACACAUGAGACGGACUGACUGUCGUCGAUGGACUGUGGAUGGAUGACGAAUAAGAGGUAAGGUUGAUAAUCUUGUUUGGUGAUUUGCGAGGACAAUAAGGGCCGAUUUCUUCACCCUGGCUUAGGCGCUAAACCAGGUUUAACUAUAUGGGUAAGCCUGGCUUACGAGUUAAGCCGAGGUGAAGAAAUUGGCCCUAAGUGCAAACUUUUUUGCGAGGAAGGUAUCAGUGAAUAAAUUUGAAGUGUGUAGCUGAACUUCUAGUAUUAGGAUGUUCGGAUAUUAACUAACUAUAGUCUUAAACCCAGUGAAUGCUAGUCUUAUGGAAGUAUAUUUGUAACUAUGUACCAUAUUAAAAAAAGGUCCACUUUAUUAGGAAAAUAUGAGAACAAUUGUCCUUCGUCAAGUAACAAUUUAAAGCCAAAUUUAUUUUGAAGCGGUUUUGAAGGCAGUAAAAAAGCCAAUGAUUUUAUUUUGGUUUUAUAAUGGUUCUGUUGAUCUCCGCCUGAGCCCAUGCGACUUAAAAUGUAGCUCGACUUGAUUAUUUACGGUCUGUUGUCAGUCCAACACAUGAAUACAUUCACAGGUAGGAAGAACAAUUGAUUUAGGAAAACUUGGGUGUUCUAUGUCGAGAUUUGAGAAUUGACCAUUUUAAGGGUUCUUCUGUGUUUUCCGGAGGCCAAAUAACGUAACCUCCAGAAUAUAAGCAGAUAACCAUUCGGCAAACAGACACUGUACUCUUAAGCAAUGUCGUCAGAACUCUUAAAAACCGUGCCAUGGAUUAUCAUCCCAAGGAACAAUUCAAAGUCAUAAAUAAGCAUGCAUGUUGAACAAUUGCUGGUUUACAACAUUCGCAGCUGAACAAAACCAAAUGCUGAAUAAUAAGCUGAAAUGAUGCUAUUUACAUAGUAAAUAAGCCAAAAUGCAACAUUUGGCACGUAUGUGAACAUCAACUUAAUUAUAAGCUUAACAAACGUUAGCCGUUUUUGUUUGUUCGAUUUGCUCUUACUAGCUUUAACAUAAGCUGAAGAAGAACUUUUUUCUACGCGUUAAAAAGCUUAUGUUCCACAGUUGCCGAAAGCUGAUUAUUGUGGUCUACAUAAAUUGAAAAAUGCUUUUGAUGUUUAUUACUUCAGCUAUUGUGGGAACGUUCAAUAAUGGUUUAACAGUAAGCUAUAUAAACAGAUUUAUGAUUUAUUUGUUCGCUUAUCACUUUUCGAUUAAACAACAGAUCAAAGUGAUUAUAAUAGAGCAGUAUUGGAACGUUCCUCAUUAUUAAAUAUGUAUUGAUGUUUGUUGCACAUCAAUGCGAAAUAUUCGAAACAUUUGCUAAUUUUCGUAGCAAUUUCAAAGUUGUAAUCAUCUUCACAACUUUUUUCAAUAAAUGUUUACAACCUUUCAAAAAUCUGAAGAUUUUUCUUUCACAACUUUGUGAAGAUGUAUCACUCUCAGCGAGCAUCUUGCCAAUUCCAGGAUGGCGUAGUCGGUAAGGCAUGCGACGGGUGAUUGGCAGAUCACGAGUUCAAAUCCCAAGUUGAGACAUUUUUAGAACAGCUUGUGUGUUAUAAAUGCGUUUAGAUGCGACAAAUAAACAUGAUUGAACUAUGAGUGCACCUCGCACUUCAAUUUGUUUCUGUUUUCGCAGCAGGUUAUUAUAGCUGAAUACAAGUUUAAUAUGAGGCUGAUAUAACGCAGAUUACUUCCUACUGUAAAGCCUCUAUCGCGCUUGCAGAAAAGAUUGCUCAAUAACUUCUCCACUUUUGUUUGAACAACGCCUGCUUACAAGCUGUGAUGAAAUAAUGUUAAACUGUUAUUCAAUUAAAUGUGGAAUAAAAAAGUCGUUACAGUGUUGGUUAAAUGAGUGAUUGUUCCUUGGGAUAGAGCACUACCCGAGCAAAGGCGGAUAACAAAGUGAUAUCACUUUGAUAAUAAACUGUCUUCUGGAGGAUCGACUGAGGAUUUUAAUCUACGAUUUAAACGGCUACGCAGUCUUUUAAUUUGGGAAAACGAGGUGUAUUAUUUGCCCGACGUUUCGACACUGGGUUUUUUGUGUCAUCUUCAGGGGUAAUUAAUUUUUCGUUUUUGGUCUUAUGUUUUGCAACGGAUUUGCGUACUUCUUAAGAUGACACAAAACCACAGUGUCGAAACGUCGGGCAAAUAAUAAACCUCGUUUUUCCAAAUCAAAAGCCUGCGUAGCCGUUUUAAUCGUAGAUAAUAAACUGGUGUUAUCGGUGUUAUCAUUUGGUUAUUUUUGUUAUCAUCUUUUCCAAUUGAUGAUAACCAGAUGAUAACAAAUCUAGUUAUCAAUAAUUUUGGUCUAUCGCGAUAACAUAAAAAUACUAAAUGAUAACAAAAUAUGUUAUCAGUUUCCAAACGCACAUUUCAAAUUUGCUUAAGCUUUCCCAAAACUGAGGGUCUGAUAGAGCUCGAAUCUAUAAAUAGAUUCCGCUUUCCACCUUCAAUGCGACUGCAGUACGAAAGCAUAGCCUUCAAGCACUCUCCCUCUCGCUGAGUCCCGUUGGUAUAGGGGCUAUCGGCUGCGACCGGUAAUCACUCGAUCAGGGUGCGAGACCCACUGGGUGCAAUAGUUGAAAACAGGCGUUAUACAUUAAAAGAAACUUUUUUCAACUGCUAACUGUGUCGAUAAAGUAGAUUUUUAUUAUUUUGGGCGAUAAAGUAGCUCUGAAUGAUAACUAAUUGUGUUAUCAAUCACCUGUCUUUUUUCAUGUUGAUAACUAAAUGUAAUAUGGAAUAAAAUAUUGUAUAACACAUCUAGUUAUCAACUUGAACUCAAUGAUAACGUAAUUUCUUAUCAUAUUGGUAUUCAUGGAGUAAAUCCGUGUUAUAAUUUUAUUAUGUUGGCUCUUUAUUCAACCCAGAUGAUAACAAAUUUUAUUAUCAAAGGAAUGAUAACCAGGUAACAGAACUUGUUAUCGUUUUGUUAUUUGCCUUUGCUCGGGAUAUGUUCCGGAAAACUGACAGUUUUUUGAUGACGUAGUUCAAAUCGUUUACGGGCGUGAACAAAACGAUCUAGUUUCGUCGGUGCUAGUACUCUACAUCAAUUUGAUCUUCGUAGAAGGACGAUAAGGAUGACGUCACAUGUUUACGUUCAAAAUUGAUGUUUACAUAGGUAAAUAUCAUGCCUUGUGUUGUUGUAUACCGUGCACGGUACUAGCAACAUCAAUGCUGACAAAAACCAAACUUGUAUCACUUUGUCAUUGAUAUUUCUGAUUCACACUCGUUUUACAUUCGCUAACAGCAAAGACACUAAACUAUGAUUCCCACACACGUCAGCCGCAACCUUCGUUUUGCGACCAUCACCACUGACAUGAAUAUGAUUGUCAUGACUGAUUACUCUCAUCUCCACCUUUUGCUACAGGAAGCUACGUUACGCACAACGAUAUGCGAAACAAUGCAUAUUGAUUAACAUAGUUAAGUUAGAACGUACAUACACACACAUAGCGCGCCACGCAAUGCGCUUUGUCUACUGCAAACGCUCCCAUUUUGCCCGUCAUGUAGGGCGAUUCUCUCGCACCCCGCCUGAAAUACACUCCGGAAAGAGGCAUGGAUGUGUGUUGAAAACCACAAAAUGCCUAUCAGUUUGCUGUGAUAUGCUUCCUGGUUUAUAUCACUUGGAAAGGGUGAUUGCAGAAAUCAAAUCUAACGAUUUCCACGUGAUUGUCGUGAUAAUUCACAGCACUGCCAAGAGGCAGGGCAGGAUGUUCAUUUGGAUGUUUGGCAUAGGGACCCAGAGAAGUACGCUGAGCAAGCACUACGUUAGCGGGGUGAUCAUCUGCUAAUGUAUGAAGAAGGUUAAGUGUCAUUAAAAUUAUAUUGAUACCUGCCAAUAUUUUUAGUCGUAUGUUUAUCCUUCUUUGUCAAAUAAGGCUUUCUUUCAAGUUAUUCUGUCAUUCGCGACAACAUGCAAAUAUUUUUAUUGAAUAUAUCGGGAUAAUGGCGUUAAUAACCCUGACAUUAAGGUUAUUGAUCUGCAUUAUGCAAUGGCACUCUACUCUUUAGUGUUAGGCCAAACUUUAUUCGGCCAAACGUCCAUUCGGUCAAAAUGUCUUUCGGCUAAACGUCUGCAAAUCAAACAUUUCAUAUGCCAAACGGGGUAUCAUCGGAAUUCUAUGGAGUACUACGGAGCAGUUCGAAUAGUUAAGAUUAGAAACAAGGUCGGUUUAGAGGAAGCAACAAGGGCAAUUAAUGGGCGUUCAGGGUGUGUUCAGAGAUAAGGAAUAAGGAGAAUUUGGGGACAUUUAAGGGUCUACAAAAACUUUCUCGAGCAUAAUUCAUCAGAUCUACAUGCAUAGCUAGUGACCACCCGCUGCAUAAUAAAUAUGUCUUAUACCUAGACUCAUACAUCUAUAUUUUAUCUAGCUUUGAGUUCAUUGAUCGCCCAAGAGUAUCCAAGAACACUCUUGAGCUUAGGCCUUUGAAUCUACGAGCGUAAACAGUGAUCUACUGGAGCAUUAUGGAUGAAAUUCAUGCUUACACAUCCUCUUGCAUCUAUGUGCUGUCAAGUGGUAAGUUCAAUCUUUGGUAGAGGAUUUCAAAGAACUCCCUCAUGUAAUUAUUAUUAUUAUUAUUAUUAUUUAUUAAAGACACUUUACACUCAAAGUGCAUUCGUGUCGGGUCAUUCCAAAUACAAUUAAAUAUAACUAUAACAUCAUUUUCUUCUUAGAUCUCGUGAUUACUUUCCACGUCGAAUCGGAAUUCGCUGCACUCUGAAUGCAUAUAAAUGCAAUGCAAAUGCAAAUGCAAUCAGUAUAAAAUGCCCUUAAAGUCAUCUGAAAUCUCCUAAAAUGUCCUAAAGCUCGCUUGAGAACCUGUGAUGCCCACUGAUAUUCAUGGUACUUUUCCUGAAAUGACCUGAAACGCCUCUCUAACGCCUCUGAUGCUCAUCGCAGAAAAUCGAGAGCCUAUCAAGCUCCCUAAAACCCAUCUGAAACGCCUUGAAACGUCUCUGCUACCCUCUUAAAACCCUCCUAAAAUGCCCCUGAAACUCAUCUGGGAGUCUGUGAAGCCCCUAAAAUCCAUCUGGAAGCUCUUGAAACGCCACGAAACGCAUUAUAACGCAUCUGAAAUCCGCAUAAAAUCUUUCUGAAUGUCUUGUAUCGCCCUGAAAAGCUUUGAAAGGUCGCUACCCAAGUAACAAUGAUAGCUGAAUAACAGCUUAUUCAGCCAAAAUUUUUAAAACCAAGCUUAAGAGUGGUUUAUUCAGCCUUUGUACUGCAAUAAUGUUUAUUGGGUGAGACUCCCAUGAUACCCCCUAUAGCUCAUGGAGAGCCUAUAAAACCCUUGAAUCGCCUUUGAACUAUGCUUUGAACUCUCCCUGAAAUAUGCUUGAAGUUCAUCGAGAGCGUGUAAAACCCCUUAAGCCUCUCUGAAACAUCCUGAAACGCUUUGAAAAGCCCUGAACCUCCCCCUGAACCACCCACCCCUGAAGGUCACCUGAGAGUAUGUGAAACCCUCUAAACGUCCUGAAAGGCAUUGAACUGUCUCUGAAAUCUUCUGAGGCCCAUGAAGCUCAUCAAGAGCCUAUAAAGCCCUCUACAACCAUUUGAAAUGCCCAGAAACGCCUUUGAAACUCUCCUGAACCGCACCUGAGACCCUGUGAAAUCCCCAAAACCCCUCUGAAUCAUCCUCAUAGGCAUUGAAACGUCUCUGAGACCCCUGAAACUCAUCAAGAGCCUACGAAACCGCCUAAAUUCCUCUGAGACAUCCUGAAACGCCUCUGAACCCACCCCAAAAUAUUCCUGAAGCUCAUCGAACGGCUGUGUAGCCCCAUAAAGCUCCUUUGAAUCAUCCUGAAAUGCCCUAAGCCGCCUUGCGUCCUCCCUGAAGCUCACCCGAGAGUCUGUGAAGCCCCCUAAAGCGCCUACGAAACAUCCUAUAACGCUAUGAAAGGCAUUGUAAUAUCUCUUAGACCUCCUGAAACCCCCUGGAGCUCAUCGAGACGAGAGCCUAUGAAGCCCCACAAACCCUACUGAGACUUCCUGAGACGCCUCGAAACGCCUCUGAAAGUCCUCCUAAAAGUCACCUGUGAAGUCCCCUAAAACCUCUCGGAAAUCUUUAAAACGCCCUCAAAGGCAUUAAAAUGUCUCUGAGAGUCCCUGAUACUCAUCGAGAACCAAUGGAGCCCCCUAAACCCCUUCUGAAUCCAACAAUGUCUUGAAACACCUCUGAAGCUCAUCGAGAGCCUUGAAAGCGCGUCUGAAACUCUCCUGGAGUUUACCUGAGAGUCAACACAGCCUCCUAAACCUCCUGAAACGCCUCUGAGAAUUUUGUCGGAUUCCUUUCUUAAAUCCACCAGGAAUCUUAUUGGUUUCCUUUUGGAAAUCACCAAGGAUUUCGCCUUGGAUCCUUCACUUCAACUUCACUUCAACUUCAUAGAACUCACUGCAAAAAAUAUCCUUACAUUUGUUUUCGAAUCUGAUUAGAAAUCUCUUGAAAAUUCCUUAUUAGGAAAUUUCUGAAAAUUCAUUCCUGGGAUCUCACAGGGGCCAUAUGGGAGAUCUUCAGGAAUCUCGUCGUUCCUCCUUUCACAAAUCUCACGAUUUUUUUUUGUUAUGACUAACAGGAAUCACGUCGAUUUCUUUUCAGAAACCUCAUAAAAUCUCUUCAAAUAUUCGUUGAAGGAAGGUUAAGACAUCCUUUUGCAUCACGUUGACAGCAGCUCGCUGACGCAGUGUACAGUUUGGUUCAAAAAUGACCCUAAUGCCAAAGGAGGGUUAAAAAAUAUCCCAGGGAUCCCUUCAGACGAUCAUCGUAUUGUAUCUCUUGAAAAAUUUGUUAAAAUCUAUCCAACAACAGUUUCAGUAACAUUAUCACAAUUCAUUUCUCAGAUUUUUCUUAAUUUUCCCCAUUACUUCCCGACUAGAAAAUUAUAUCAAGUUUGUAACAUGUUGUGUUACGAUGGUAUAAAAAAUUCAAUAACUUAUUUUGUUAUAAACUAAAUGCAGCAUGAUGUUAAAAUAACUAAAAUUGUAACAAAAAGUACUCUGGUGUAAUCAAGAAAAUAACUUAUUGUGUUAUGAACAGAUCGAAAUUAUAACAAAACGUGAUAUAAAUCUAAGCUUCGAAAUAACUAGUUUCUAUAAUAAUUUGAUACAACUUUGUAACAAUGCUAUCUCAAUGCCAAAAAAUCGAAGCUUAAAUAUAUUACAAUGAGUUAAAAUCAGAUUUUAUUACAUAGGGUAUCGCGCCACAUGGGCGGUGGCUUCUAUAUUCGUCUGUUUUCCACUAUAACUCAGUCAAUUUUGAACCAAUUGACUUGAAAUGUUGUACACGGGUAGAUACUAUACCUAUCUCACCACAUUUCAAAAGUUGUGUCAAUUGGUUCAAAUUUGACUGAGUUAUAGUGGAAAACAGACGAAUAUAGAAGCCACCGCCCAAGUAGCGCGAUUCCCUAAUGUGAUAUAUUUGUGUAAUAAUAUUUAUGUACACCAAAUGUUUCUAACAGAAGUAAAACACAAUAAAUUAUAAAUAUCAGGAUUCGUUAGAAAAAUGUUACAUUUUUGUUAGAAAGUUCUAGUCGGGUUAUGAGUAUCUGGUAGAAAUCUUUCCGAGAUCAUCCAUAGAAGUUUUAUCAGAAGUUUGUAGUUUUCAUAAGGAGGAUUUGCUUUAGAAAUUUCUUUACACGGUUCUUGUCGUUUGUUCUUUCAAAUAUUUCGGCUAGAUUAUUGUAAACAUUUUUUUUUUUUAAUUUGGUGAGUUCGUUCCAUACUAUUAUUUUAAUAACGUUCUGGAAAAAAAAUCAAGCUUUCCUGAUGUUUAAAUAAAUUUCUACGACAUCUAUAAUUUUGACACAUGGUUGCUGCUUUAACAAAUUUAAAAGAGCUGGUGCGUUCGUUCCAUGUUAUUAUGAUUAUGUUCCGGGCAAAAUUUCAAGCAUUUUUUUUGUUUUUCAAAUGCUUUAUAAAUGUUUCUUGUGUGAUACUUUAAUGAGAAAUUGAAACUGAAAAAAAUCUCUAGAUCGUUCAGUUUUAAAACUACAUAACACUGUAGUCAGCAAAAGCUUGCUCAAAAUGUACAUAGUGAUUAAUGCAAAUAAAAAAAUGAUUUCCAAUGUCUUUAAAAAAAUAUGGACAACCCAUAUAUGUACAUACAUUGGAAAAAGGACCUUAUUAUUAGGAACAACUUUGUUGGAAGAAAGAUUUCUCCAGAGGUUCCUUCGAAGUUCCUACUGAAAUUACUCCAACAGUUUUUUUUCUGGUGUUACUCCAGUAAUUAAUUCUGGGAAUCUUCAAAAAGUUCCCGCUUGGAUUCGUCAAGAAGUUUCUUUUAGGAUUUCUUUUUUUGGGAAUUCCUCCAGCAGUUCCUUAUGGAAGUACUUGAACAGUUUCUUCUGUGAUUUUUCAAUGAUUUUUUUCUGAGAUUUCUCAAGGAGUUUCUUGUAGUCUUUCUUGGACUCCUCCAGAAGCUCCUUCGAGGAUUUUUUCAGGAGUUACUUUACGAAUACCUCCUUCUGGGAUUUUUCUAAGUUUUCCCUUCUGGAAUCAUUCUUCCAGUAGUUCCUUCUGGAAUUCACACCUUUUUUGUAAAGAUUUCUUCAAGAGUCUUCUGGGAUUUUUCAGAGAGUUUCUUCUAAGUUACCUCCUUUUGAAAAUUCCGAGAUUUCUUCAGGAGUUUAUUCGGGGCUUCUUCUACGAAUACCUACCUGGAUUUAUCCAGGAGUUCUUUUCUGUGAUUCCUCAUGGAGUUUCUUCUGAGGUGUCUUCAAGAGUUUUUUCUUGGAUUAAUCCAGGAGAUGUUUCUGGAUUCUGCCAAGAAUUUCUUAAAAAUCUUGUCGGGAUUUCUCCAAUUCCUUCAUGAAAGUCUCUCAUACUUUCUUCUAGGAUUCUUUCUCCGAAGAUUACACUAGAAGAAGAAACUCCACGCUAAUGCACGAAGAAGGUUAAAAAAUCUCAAAGGAACUCCUGGUCAAUCUUGCAAAAUAUUGGAAGAAUUCCAGAUGAAACUCCUGAGGAAAUUCUCUAAGGAGUUUCUGGAGGAACCCGCUAAAGACUUCAAGAAUUUCCUUGAGGAAACUCAGAAAGAACUCCGUGAAAAAUCACAGAGGAAACUUUUGAUGAAUUUCCAGAAGGAAUUGCUGGAGGAAUUCUCAGAAAAGGAAUUUAUAAGGAACUUCUUGACGCAUCUUUUACCAACUUUUCGGAUGCAUCUAGGAAGAAACUUCUUGAAAAUUACCUUACUUAAUUCCUGAAGGGCACCAGAAGAAACUAUUAGGGUAAUUUCAGUAGGACCUCAUCCUUGGGCCCAUCGAAGGAACCUCUGGAGAAAUCUUAGAAAAAACUCUUAGAUCUAUCUAUGAACGCACUCCUGGAGCAAUUCCAGAAGGAGCUCCUGAAUAAAUCUCAGAAAGAACUCUAAGCGGAAUCUGAGAAGAAACUUUCGUAGGAAAAUCAGAAGAAAUUUAUGGAGGAAUGCAAAAGGAAUGCCUGAAGGAAUUCAUGGAAGAUUAUCACUCUGCAGCAGGCGAACUUGCUGGAUUUUUUUACUAACUGAAGUUUAACCAGUAGCCCAUGGCUGUAUAUAAGUAAAUAUAAAUGAAUAAUAAAAUUUAAAAAAAUAAACGGCUUUUUUUAAGUGAUGGAGACGCAUGGUCAUUCCAUAUGAAUAUGAGCACAAAACUUGAAAUUUUCAAAAAAUGCAGCUCAGAAAUGUCAUGUAAAAAUAGUUAAACUUUCGUUAAAAAAAUAAAAAUAUAGUCGUUGUGGUCUAACAUGAAAACCAUAAAAAACUGAUAUUUUGAUCAUUUAUAAUGUUUAAGUUUACUAGAAUUUAGAACAAGUUAUGACGGUUUGAAAAUUGAAAAAAAGAGAAAUGUCGUGUUUUUGGACCACCCUAUUUUUAAAUGGCCACCCUAAAGGCAAAACAAAAUAAAUAUGAGUCAUUAUUUUUGGUUAAGAUCAUUUCUACUGCAUUUGAGCAAUAUCGGAGCACUUUUACACAGACAAACAGACGUAACACUUGCAAAAUUUCCAUCGACCAUGCUUUCAACGAUUAUUUUUAAUUUUCAUAGUUGAGACUUUCACAACCAGAGGCGCGCGUAUCGUUUUUCUAUGUGUUUGACGUUUCACACUAGCGCCUUCUGUUGACGAUAUGGCACAACACAGUGAUUCGUGCAACUUUUCCACCAGGUGAUGGUAGUGUAAACUGGGCGAUGGAUUUUCAUGAAAAUCGUUCAAGGUGCUACGUCUGUUUGUCUGUGACUUUUAUUUUGCAGUCUAUUUUUUAAUGGAAUGGCUCAUAUAAUACAUGUUUAAAAGUUGGUGAGUUCGUUCCAUAUUAUUUCAAAUGUACUCUGAAGUUCAUAGUUCAUACAUUUUUGCUUCUUGAAAAAUUUAAUCUUAGUUUCAAGCAAGAAAUCCACUUAAAAAGCUAGUCUCUGGUUAUUCUAGAGGAUAAGGAUUUGGACUGUUUAUUCGGAAACGGCGGGUGCGAUUUCCGUUCCAGUUGUGAAAUUUUCUCGACUUGCCAAAUGAUUGUGGGCCCGUGAAGUCACAAACAAAAAGAAGAGUCUCCGUUAAAUCUUUACCGAAAUUCGGUAGUCAUUUAAUUCAGAAAUAUUGGCCAGAUCCAGUUUUAUAUUACAUAUUUUAAAAAAAUUCUGAAAGAAAGUUCUAGCUUUGCUUGAAACAUCGUAAAUUUCUUCGAUUUUGACAUAUGGAUGGGUGAUAUUUGGGAAGGUUUAUUGCACAUUUGAAAAAUUGGUGGACUCGCUUCUUAUUUUCUGAAAAUUGCUCACUUAUUCUUCACCUGUUCUGGUGAAGUUUUCAAGCUUUUUUGCCUUUCUCGUACAUCUAAGGGUACUGAAAGGCUAUAUGUUCACUCAAAAAACGAAUAUUCGAUUGAAGGCUCUGAUGGUCAAGUCACAUAUACCAAUUAACUCAGUUCGACGAACUGAGAUGAUGUCUGUGUGUAUGUAUGUAUGUGUGUAUGUAUGUAUGUGUGUAUGUAUGUCUGUGCGCAAAAAAAGUUCACGCACUUUGAGGGCACUUCCAAUUGGCCAUUUUUUCUGAUUUUAGCACGAAUCGAACCGGAAUUUUACCGCAAAAUGGUCCGGCUCGAUCAAGGCGUUCCGGAGUUAUGGUCAUUUCAGUGAUCCGGACCAGCAUCGUUAGAACCGGACCGUAUAUAAAACUGAACCAAGCCCCAUCAUGCGACACAUCAAACUGCGGUGAUUUUUGUAAACUUUAGCAUGGUUGACGAAUUUUGUGCGAAAAUCAACACUGCGGACGGGAAGUUCCACGAUGUCGGCUCAAAAUUCAAGAUUGCAGCCUAAUACACAAGAUGGUGGCUCCAAAUUCAAGAUGGCGUCUGUGUGAUGGACUUUCAUGCUCUAAAACCAUGCAAUAUGGGUAUGUUUGGUAUGGAGAAUAUGUCCGCAGUUCAAAAUGGCGACCGGAAUAUCCAAAUUGGCAGUCUAAAAUCCAAGAUGGCGGCUCCAAAUUCAAGAUGGCGUCUGUUUGAUGGGGUUUUAGGCCCUAAAACCAUGCAAUAUGGGUGUAUUUGGUAUGUGAAAGAAGUCUGGAGUCCUAAAACGGUGACCAGAAUAUCCAAAAUGGCAGUCUUAAAUCCAAGAUGGCGGCUUCAAAUUCAAGAUGGCGGCUGUUUUUUGGCGCUUUAGGCUUUUAAACCAUGCAAUAUGGGUUUAUUUGGUACGGAUAGGAAGUCUGGAGUUCAAAAAAGGAAAUAUCCAAGAUGGUGGCCUAAAAUCCAAUAUGGCGGCUUUAAAUUCAAGAUGGCGUCUGUUUGAUGGAGUUUUUGGCCCUAAAACCAUGCAAUAUGGGAGUAUUUGGUAUGGGAAAAAAGUCUGGAGCUCAAAGAAGGAAAUAUCUAAGAUGGUGGCCUAAAAUCCAAUAUGGCGGCUCAAAAUGCAAUAUGGCGUCUGUUUAAUGGAGUAUUAGGCCCUAAAACCGUGCAAUAUCAGUAAAUUUAGUAUGAGAAAGAUGUCCGGAGUCCAAAAAUGGUGAUCAGAAUAUCCAAGAUGGCGGUCUAAAAUCCAAGAUGGCGGCUCCAAAUUCAAGAUGACGGCUGCUUAAUGGAGUAUUAUGCCCUAAAACCAUGCAAUAUGGGUAUAUUUGGUAUGGGGAAUAUGUCUGGAGUCAAGAUAUGACGACCAAAAUAUCCAGAUUGGCGGCUCCGAAUCCAAGAUGGCGGCUCCAAAGUCAAGAUGGUGACAGUUUAAUAAAGUUUUAGGCCCAAAAACCAUGCAAUAUCGGUAUUUUUGGUACGAGGAAUAUGUCCGGAGUCCAAAAAUGGCGACCAGAACAUCAAGAUGGCGAUUCAAAAUCCAAUAUGGCGUAUGCAAAUUCAAGGUGGCGGCUGUACAAUGUUUUUUUAGGCUCUGAUGUCUGGAGUCCAAAAAUGGCGACCAAAAUAUCCAAGAUGGUGGUCUAAAAUCCAAGAUGGCGGCUCCAAAGUCAAGACGGUGGCUGUUUAAUUGCGUUUUAGGCCUUUAAACCAUUCAAUAUGGGUAUAUUUAGUAUGGGGAAGAUGUGUGGACUCCAGAAACGGUGACUAGGAUAUCCAAGAUGGCGGUCUAAAAGCCAAGAUGGCGGUUCCAAAGUCAAGAUUGCGAUUGUUUAAUGGCGUUUCAGGCUGUAAAACCAAGCAAUAUCGGUAAAUUUGAUAUGGAUAUGAUGCCCGCAGUCCAAAAAUAGUGUAUUCUGGUCACGGCCUGGCCCUGGCCAAGAUGGCGGUCUAAAAUCUAACAUGGUGGCUCCAAAUUCAAGAUGGUGGCUGUUUAAUGGUAUUUUAGGCCCUAAAACCACACAAUAAGUGUAUAUUUGGUAUGGGGAAGAUGUCCAGAGUUAAAAAAUGGUGACCAGUGUAUCCAAGAUGGCGGCUACAUGUAUUUUAGGCUUUAAAAUCAUGCAAUAUGGGUAUAUUUUGUAUGGGGAAGAUGUCAGGAGUCCAGUUGUGACGACCAAAAUAUCCAGGAUUGCGGCUCCAAAUACAAGAUGGCGAUUGUUUAGUGGAGUUUUGGGCUCUGAAAUCAUACAAUAUGUGCAUAUAUAGUAUGGAGAAUAUGUCCGGAAUUCUAAAAUGGUAAUCCGAAUAGGACCUUCGAUAAAUCAAGAUGGUGUGCACUACCGCUGGCAUGAUUCAGCUGUCACGUCACCUGGAUGGAUCGCACUCCUAUGCCUUUGGUCACUGGAUCUCCGCUCUCCUGCUUGCAACUUUGCUGAUGGGAGUGCUGUGAAAGUUUUGUGAGCUUGUUCCAUGUUAUUUUCAAAUAUGUUUAUGGAAAACAUGAUGCAUUCGUGGCAAAUGCCUACUUGUUUACCAAAAAGGUUCAUAGUUUUAGAUUCUAGAGAACCUUACGAAAAAAUCUAACUGAAUUUUGGUGAGCUCGUUCCAUAAUAUUUCUUAAAAUAUGUUCUGGAUAAUGUUAAUAAUUUCUGACUUAUACUUAAACUGAUGAUGAGUUAGAUUCUGAAUCGCCUGGAAAAAAUCAACGUGCUUGCUAUAGAGCCAGCUUUUGCUAUAAAAAGAUGCUUUAUAACACCAUACAAUGUUGCAUACAAGUGCCUCACUUUCAAGACUAGCUUCAACAAUCAAGCUUCAACAUGUUUUAUAAAGAACGCAGAAACAUGAUCGUCAAAAUUCAUUGUGUAAUUUUGUUUUUUGGACAGAAUUUCAUGAAAUGGAAUUCUACGCUUUAUGUCCUCAAAAUUUAAAGUUUUUUUUUCUAAAUUUCAAGAACAGUGAAAUCGCCCAUCAAUUCCAGAAUCCACAAAAGAUAAGAAUCACCAUCACAGUCUCGAGAAACAGACGCGACGUUUUUCAUCGCCGCCAUGUAUACCAUUACCCAACCAGCAUUUUACCCAUACUCUUGUGGUUUCUGGUUUUGUUGUUGUUUUCCUUUCCACCACAACCAUCAACGGAUAUCAUCAGCUGUUUGGUUGGUGCAACGGAAGACUGCAAUCGAUAACCUGUUGUUGGGUGGAAAAAAUUAAGCAGUUUUCCCCAACCAUAUUCAGCUGACAUUUUAUCUGAGCUCAAUCUGAAGCGAUGGAAGCUUCUGGAAGUUUUUAAUGGUCCAUUGAAUUACGUUGUUCAGUUGUUAGCUUUGUUUUAGGCUAAUACUCAUGAACAGUAUUAUUGUUUUAAGGAUUUUGACAAUGAAUUUCUUGGAAUAAUCAAAUCCUGAGUUAGAAAAUAACUUCGAAAUGUCGAAACAAACGUUUCCAAGACGAUUCUCAUGGAAAAUUCAAUCAAAAUUUCAGAACUUGAGUUUCACAAUCAUUCAAAACAUGCCCUGUUUUGCUUUCCCUUUGUCGCAGCAUCGCUUUUAUGUCCUAGUGUCUCUGUAUUGGUGCCAUCGCCGCUACAUCCCCCCUUCGUUCGCAUUCAUACCAGGAAGCGAUCAGCUCGUUCUCCGCUGUGCACGCUUGCAUACGUGCGCGUGAGCACAUGCUUUUUUUGCACACGACCUCGCAUCGAGCACGUCUUCGAUCCAAGUGUGCGCCGUUGCGUGCUCGCGCCAUGCGUGUAUUGGUGAGCUCGUUCGUUCAUUUUCAUUAUUGCGUCGUACAUUAUAUACGAAAGUCUAUAUAAAGGGUACCGAACGGCAAACUCCGAUCGCCAUUCAUUGAUUGUGUAGUGCAACGAGAGCUCGCGUGUGUUUGUAAUGCUCGCAGCUGGCACGUACCUACCUAGUACGCAGUUCGAUCGACCGACCAACCAACCAAGACCGGAUCCUGUUGCGAAUGCGGGGAAACUCAUCUACUUCCAACAGCAGUCCUAGUGUCGAACUCAGGUGGCGGCGGUGUCGAACCCGGGCGCCGCCGAAGCGCGCUGGCCCCGAAGGUAGCCCAAUACCAAAUGAGACAGUGAUGCACCUUUCCGACCAUCCGACCAUCGGGGCCAUGCUCUCAAUCGGCUGGAUGUCGUCUGGAAACUGAAACCUAAUCUUGAUUUUGCUUUCAGAUAGAACUCUCGUCGCAGAGUUCUGAAGGGGGCGUACCUAGAGAAGCGUCACCAAGCGUUAUCACAAUCCUUGUUGUGAGAAAGAAAAUGAGUAACACUGUGACAAUCCCCGGUGUGGGUUCGGAGAAGAUCAUCUGGCUUCAUCCGUCAUGGUCAUCGUCGUCCGAUCGUCCGAGCAGCGCGGGGUGUACACGUACUCGAGUACUCGAGAAUGAGAUCGCGAUGAGAGAGCGAGAACGAUGAGCGAACGAGAGCGAACAAGCAAAUGAGUCAGAGUUAGUGGGAGACCUGCCUUCGGGCUGCUGACCGCCGCUGCUAGUGCUGUAUGUGAGUCGAGCUGGUGUUUUCCGAUGCCGAGUUGUGACAAAUGAACCUGGCUGCCAAACUGGCCAACUGUCGCGCCCUCUCCGUUGCGGAAGGACCCGGCUCCUUCGGGAGUCUUCCGUCGAGUCGAGCGUGCAGCGCGUCAUGGCGGUGCAAGCGUCACACCAACACACGGAUCCACAAGCGAAACCCUCAAGUUCCACGUCUCGAAGGGCCCGAGCUGAAACGAACUACGGCAGCAAGCGGCGACAGCGUCAAGGCAACGACCGCGAGUGCUCAGCCUACUAGGACGCAAGUCACUGACAGGAGCGUGUAGAGUGUAUAGAUUCCUCUAGUGUUUUCAGUGUAGUGAGUACGUGACAGCAUGCAUUUUUAAGAUUUGUAUACGGUAUUUUUUUGUAUUAUGCGAACACACGUCGAUUAUACGUGUGCGAUAGAGAGAUGGAAAGUGGCUCUCGGCGGGGAUUUGACCGCCGAGACGCCCAGGCGUUUUUUCUAACCUGAUUUUCUAUUUUCCAUGUAGCCGCGGAAGAGCCAAGGCACAUAAACAACACAGCGCGCUUAUGCAACACGCACACCACAGUCUUCACAGCAGGCAGGUUUGCGUUUUCAACAAUGCACUUUCAACAGCAGCGCAGCGCAGAGAAUGUGUAAAGAAGUGGGCUUUAGGUGAAGAAGUAACACAAACAACGUAGCAAAGAGAGAGAAAGAGAAGCAAAGUAAAUGAGGUCAGCUGGCGGUGCAGCAGAGUAGGAGAAAGGAAAUCGAAACGCUUGAAAGCGUCGAUUGAAACUGAAACGCAUAGCGGUAACUAGCGUUGAUUUUUUUCAAUUUGCAACCAGAGUUUUUCGGAAUUUCUAGAAGCGAAUCAUGUAGGAGGAGGAGUACGGGGCACAUGGAUAAGUGAAGCUAGAGAGCGCGCGAGAGCAUCCAUAGCGAUGCAUGUCUUCCAAUAACGGCUCCCCCACUCAACCGAAGUAGGCCCUGAGCUGUGAACGUGUCUGGACGUGCUCUGUUCGUCCGAUCAAAGCAGGCCGUCAUGCGAAAGACACAGGAAGAGAAAUUUACUUUCAUUUUAGUAACUCGCGCAGAAGACGAUAUGAGGUAAAGUGCAACAUACGUUUACACUCCAAACGCACGCAUUUGUUUUCUUACAGAAACGGGAAAUUGAGCUUCAAGCUAGUUAAGGCUGAAUUUGUUAGAGAGUUAGUACCCCUCAACGACUCGAAGAAGGCGAAACCCAGUUUGUACCAUUACAGGCACUGAAAUCGAAAGUUAAGGCCCCGUCUCCGUUUGCUAGGCUUGAUUAGCUGGCAUGCCAGGCUUUGCCCUGCUUUAUCAUAACAAACAACCAGAACUUUUCGACUAUUUGCAGCAACUUCUUGAGCUUGGCUUCGAGACUGUUCUAUCCAUUCUAUCCAUCUAUCUACGUAGAGCAUCGUAACCUCACGGAAAACCCAGUAGGCGAUCGAUUCCCUCAUCAAAGACCAACAUGGCGGUAAAAGAUCCUAAAAUCGACUUGCAAAACCACGAGUUUUCAUCUUAUUGCAGCGCACCAAAACACGGUCCGGCUACGCUCAGCCGAGUUUCUCUGUUUAUUGUUUCUGUUCUUUUGUGUUCCUCACCCCUUCCGGACGUCCCGCGAUGAUGUCCGUGUGUGUACGGCAAUAGAACCCCCGGAAACAGGGCGCUGCCACGAGCGAGCAAGCGAACGAACGAACGACCGAGAGACGUGACCAAUCGGAUCCGAUUCUUUCCCGGUCCGGCCACGGUGGCCGAGUUUCUCUGUUUCUACUUUUUUUCUCGCACUUUGUUUCAUCCUAUUCUUCCUAUGAUCUUGGACCGGGACCGCUUGGAUUCCCUCCUUUCUACCUGGAUGACGACGGAACACUUCCGCGCGGAAAGAGCGAGACAGAGACACUGUUGACGCGCAUUGUUGCGAACCAACACCACUCUUGGAACUCGGUAAUCGAAAGCGUACCAUACUAUUCUCGCCAAACCCGAGUUUGCAUCUUUCCAGUCUCUCGAACCGACGACGGUCCGGCUGUCCACCCCGACGGAAGCCGAGUUUCUAUGUUUUUGUUUUGCUUUCUUUCUCUGACACAAUCUAUCCCCAAACCAAAUCGAACCGAACCGAACCGAACGAACACUAUCGGGACGAUAGAAUCCGGAGAAGACCUGGGCCCAUAACUCCUAGUCCGUAACCGGAACUGGACGCGAUCGGAGAUCAAUCGGAUGGCGCAAACACGACCGCCCGGAAGAGACCCCUCUCGUCUAAGAACCCCGGCGCUUUUCUUUCCCAACUCCGGUCCGGCUCUCAUAACCAGCCGAGUUUCUGUGUUUUUCUUUUGUUUUUCUCUUAUUUUUACUACUCAUCUGCUGCCUCUAAUGCGCAAUCUUACGCAAACGAUAACAAACAUCCCCCCACCAUCAAAAAUAAGGAACAGCUAUCACUGAGAUAGGAACAAGAGAGGAAGAGAGAGGUAACAAAAGACACAGGGAGACAAAAGAAGAAGAGAGAGACACAGUACGAAACGAGAUCAGCAAUCAGCGAGCUCGCUACGACGCAGUAGGCAUCGUGUGUGAUUCAACGACGACGACGGAAUUAGCGGUAACCUUGACAACAGAUACCUUCGCAACCAGAAUCUCCGUUUUCUUUUGCAGUUGUGCCCAACCAGUCGACUUGUGCGUUUGUCUUUUUUUCUCAUUAGCCCCGCAUCGGAUUCGAUUCCAUCGAUCGGGGAAGCGAGCGACAAUCAUCUAGGCCACCGAACCGUAAGCUAACCCGAAUUAGUUCGUACAACCAGAAUUUGCGAAUUUUUGCAGAAAAGUAAACAAUUGGAAAUGGCGAUUUCGAGCGACCAACCAGACUUGGGGCCAACCAGAAUUUUGACGCAUCGCAGCUACACAUUGUUUGGCGCUACGCGUUUCAUCCUUGAACGAACGUAAGCAAUUUGCAUUUUUUCUCCCGACAACCAGAAUUUUCCUACUUUGCAGCUCUAGAAGUUGAUAAACGAAACAAAAAAAAAACUAGAAUUUGCGUCGACACAAGGCAGGCCAUGCCGCCACAUAAAUUGCGCAGUUGCCAAGGGCGACGACGUUCCCGACGGUACACUCUAAAUUUGGAGCACCUAUUAGCGGUAAACCAGUGUUGAAAUAUUUCCCCCGACAACCAGAGUUUUAGUCUUUUGCAGAACGAAUCACGUGUGUGUAAUUAGGUACCUACAUAGCAAAUCGACCGAAAUCGUGUGGAGGUUUUUCGAAAUUGUGUGACCCUCGGUAGAUCCGUGCGUGUGCGUGUUAGGCCUUUUUGGCGGUCCACCUUCAACCCCCAGCCCACCAACCCACCAACACCACCACCACCUUCAGCAGAAACAUCUGGCUUCUUUGUUUGUGACGUUCUCAGGCAAAUGCGUCGUAUGCGUGCUUCUAAUAUACCUACGCGGGGAUAUUUGUAACCUAAGUGUGCGGAGCGAAAAGCGAAUAUCGCCUACUGCGAUGCGGAAGAAAGUACCCAGUACCGGAAGAGUUUUUGGGAGAGCAUGUGGUGGUAGCUAUGCUAAUUUGUUUACUCUAUUUUUUUGUAACUUUUAUUCCUACUGUUUACGUCUUUUUAAACCGAUCUAAUAAUUCACCUAGUAGUGCGUUUUAGUGAUUUACUUUGUGGUAGAAGUUAACCGCUGCGUUGACGUUUGUCGAGCAGCGGGGUUUGUUUUAUAAUUAAACACAUAAUUUAUCUUUUCGCAGACAUAAAAAAGUGAACGGCAAUUGUUACUACACUCUAAUUUUACUACUAUAGUGUUUGAAGUGGUUAUCCGUUAUUGGUUUUACUGUAUACUGGCUGUGAAAUUACAUCUUAAGAUCUAGAAGUACGGAAUAUUUGUACAACCCGCUUGAACUAAGGCUAUGUUUUGGGCUUUUAUGUAACAUUAUUUUAUAUUAUAUACAUUUAUACAUUUACACACAUAAGUGGUUCCAUUUCUAUACUAGAAAGUGUUAUGCUUAACCUCUAUUGUGUAUAUUCUACUCGGAAAAAAGUUAUUAUUCUUCAUCUAGAAAUGCUUUUGUGUGUUAAGAGCACUGAAACAAAAAAAAAUGUAACUUCAUUUCUCCCCCCAAGUGCAACUGUGUACGAAAUCGAAGAUUCUAGCACCUAAGAGUGACUGACUUGUAGUAGUUUGUUCAUAUUUCUAUCGCAUAACUAACACCCCUUGACACCGAUCGAUGUAAUACGCCUAUAUUCUAUUGUGCUUGCAACCAAAGAAAAAAAAAACCUGCAAAAGGUGGAAAACCAACCCCAUGAAGAGAAAAUCUAAUGUGACAAGAAGGAAAAAUGUCUGAUAAGAAGCUGAAUUGUGCUGCGCUUGAAGCGAACCAAAAAGCUUACUGGAAUGUAUAUGUGAUUUGAAAAAGUUUGAAUGUUAUUAAAGAUACGAACAAAUUUAAAGUUUUCGGCUUCAUGAAAACAAAAAGUUAUGCGAAGAGAGCAACUAAAAUAUGUGUGAAAAUACACUGAAAGUGGAAGGCAAAUUUCGCUCGGUGUUGCUCUGCAACGCCCAGCAUGGAUAGGAAAUUUGCGGUGGAACUGAUGCGGCUACUCUCGCUCGGUGUCCCAUGGGCAUCCAGCAAAUCCGGAGUAGCGAAAUUGUAGAAAACACGCUCAAAUGUUAUUGUUAUGAUUGUGCUCGGUGUUCUGUGAAUAUCCCAGCUUUGAGAAAAAAGAU